AUGAGCAGGAGACUUCCAGGCACGACUGCCAGUGAAGAACUGAUAGGAGCUGAGCCGGGAAGUUUGUGUGCCUCAACACGCUGCAUCAACAAAGAAUGCUACAAAGAGAACAAAGCUCCAAACCUCAGAUCAUGCACUUGCUAUGAUAGCAACUUGGACACUACUCCUGGCGGUGGAGGUCCAGUGGCGACGGGGCCAGAUGGAAGGUCGUUCGGAGUCCAACAGUCAGUGAUGACCACCCCUCCCGUCCCUGUCAACAACAGUCAGAUGAAAACAUUCGGAACUCCGAAGAACAUGUCCUACGUCAUGAGCGGUGGACCCCUCUGUGCACACGGAAGUAACUGCCAGGAAACGAAUGCCAGAUAUCAGGAAGGCUGUUUCAGAGUGGGAGACCAUCUGCACCGUCUCUGGAUGGAUCAGAAGAUGUGCGACCUGGUUCUCAGGUGCUCCGAUGGCGAGAUCAAGGCCCACAAGGUCGUCCUGUCAGCCUACAGUAGCUACGUACUCGAGAAUUUCAGUAAAUUCCCAGACAGCGCAGGCAUUGCCAUCGACCUUCCGGAUUUCAGUCAGGAUGUAGUGAUGAUCGUCCUGUGCUACGUCUAUUGCGGGGGUGGUGGAGAGGAUCAGUUCGAACUGGAACUCAACUCUCAACUAGUUGGACCCCUCAUGUUAGUGGCGGAUGAGCUGGGAGUCUGUGACCUGGUCAAGUGCUGCGUCAGGUACCUCUGUAACGUCGAUCCGGAAAAUGCCAUCUUUCAUUACGCCAUUGCCGACAACUUUGGACUCACCGAAAUUAGGGAAAAGAUCUACCACUACUUGUUACAGAAUUUUGAGAACGUUUGGGAAACGAGACACUUCAGAAUGUUGCACCCCGACCGUCUCAUGUCCCUUCUGUCUGACGAUCGACUGGUUGUCUGCGAUGAGAUCACUGUCUUCUAUGCAGCUUUAUAUUGGAUGGAGGCGGACCGAGAAAGACGCAAGAGUUUAGCCCCGACAUUACUGAGGUAUGGUGUGCGUCUCAUGUGCAUAUCUCCAGAAUAUCUCGUCGAUAAAGUUGAAAAGGUGACAUGGUUAUUUGAUAAUCCCGAAUGCUACGCACUACUCAAUGAAGCACUUAGAUGUCACGCUUUGUUGUUGAGUGGGGGUAGGAUGCCGAUAUCCAGUGCCUUCCAGGAACAAUGCCAGAGAACAUGUCUCAGAAUGGACGUCUGCUAA